AAUGCAGUCAUAGAGGUGGUAAUUAUUCCUUUCUAAUGCCUGACGUACUUCAUUCCAUCCGAUGCUCAUCUGCACUUCACAUAUAUGCCUUCACCAGAUUCUUUGUGUCAGUAAGCAAGAGUGGAUCAGUUUUACCAUGUUCAUGCUGUUCACAAUCAUGGCGAUAACUCAAUCGAUUAAUGGCAGCGGUGAUAGUAAAAAUUAUUACAUGGAGCGUGAAGGGCAUUAAUUAUAUUUCGGAAGUUAAACGAGUAUUAUAUAAACGGAAGAAAUGGCUAUCAACCGCGAGGUUUUCAUAUCAUUCUAUGCCAUCCUGAUAUGCCUUGGCGUGCCAGGUAAUGUCCUGAUAUUAGCUGGAUACUCCAAAAAGAAAGUUAAGAAUGGCACGGAUAUAUUCAUCAUGGGCCUCGCAGCAGUGGAUUUGUUCUCAUCUUUCUUGACUAUUGCCAAGUUUCGACCCUGGGUGAGAAGCAACAGUUUCUGCCAGUUUCAAUUUUUCUUCACGGGGUGGAUCGCCAUGGCCCAGAUGGCGGUGACACUGGCGAUAAGCGUUGACCGCUACUUCGCGGUUUGUCGUCCGAUCCAUCGCCGUCCGCGCGUCAAGACCGCCAUUGCCGUCAUAAUUCUCUGCAUCAUCGGAACCGCGCUUCUUUAUUCCCCAGUGUUAGCUGCCGUGCGCUAUGAACCGACGAUCAAGGACUGUAUCUACCGCCAGGAUUUGCAAUGGUUCUUGAGCUAUGACCGAUAUGUUGUCCAGAGCUACGUGGUUCUAACUCUCAUCCUUGUUACCGCGGUGUAUACCCGCAUUGUCUUUGCGUUACGACGGCAGACAAAGGUGAGAACUGCUCUAACCGCCAGUGAGCCAUCGCAUACGAAAACAGACGUGGAAGCUACCGCGACCAUGCCAUCCAUAACCGGCAAUAACACCGGUCAAGGUACAUCUGGUUCUGGCUUGUCGACAUCGACAGAUCCUAAACAGGCUGGAUCAUCCGAUACCCUCGAGAGAAAUACGUCAGAUGGAGACAAUGGAGGGGAACUCUUGACCAUUUCUAACACCAAAACCAACGUAAGGAAUGAAGGAGUCAUUCCUGCAAAUCAAACUAAGAUUACUGCGGUUCGAUCAUAUCCUCUGGGUGAAAGGGUCUCUGUAGUAAACCCUGGAGCCGCUACCGCAACCGCCACUGCGGUAGAUACAACCGCUUUGGGACGGCAGGGAGAGAAUCGCCUGACGCUGAUGCUUGGUUGGGUGACCGUGUUUUACGUCGUAAGUUGGCUUCCUGCCAUAAUAGGACGUUAUCUCCCUGUUGAAGUUCGUCGUGAUUUCAUGAGUAGGUCCGAUCUUCACCACACGCUCUACGCCAUAUUUUUCCGUUUCUACGAAAUAAAUUCAGCCAUUAAUUUUUUCAUAUAUUGGCCUCUCAACAAGCGAUUUCGACAGAAUUGCAAAGACAUUUUUAUUCAAAUCAAGAAUUAUAACUCUUAAUGUAAAAGUGCAUUGUACUGUAUACGGUCGAUCAGGACUGGAAUUUUCAGACAUUUCCCAUUCAAUUUAAUUUCGAUUAAUGUUUAGCGAUCUGUAUAUCUUUUCAUAUUAUGGAAAUAUCGAAAUAUUUAGGAAAUGUAGAAACAUUUGAUUUUGAGUAAUAGUGAUACAAAUUUAUCUUUGAUGGUCAAAUAAAAGUCCGAUUCAAUUAUAGCAUUGAACUGGAAAGCGCGGACUUUUAAUGGAAUUCGUUGCUUAUAUAUAUUUUUAAUAUAGCUCUCAGUUCAAAUAAUUGUUUAAACCUAUUCAUUAUCCGGUGAGAUUACAUGAGUAAUAUAUAAACUACCAUCAUUCAAGUCAAAGGUAUAUUAAUGUCUCUUAAUGGUUGCAGAUUAUCUUAAAUUAUAAUAGGAAAAUAGUUCUGGUUUAAUAAGUGGUCAUCAUUGCUAUGUUUAUAAGAAUUUUGUUAGUUUGGAAAAAAUAGUGUACUGUUUUAAAAAAAUAUUUUUGAUAGAACAUUGCUGGUGCUGAUCCGAGUUGAAUCGUAGUCCAUUUUAUUCAACUGUUUGUAGAUUAUAUAAAAAGAAUAAUCUAUUCCAUUUUAUCCAUUUGGAAAUGUUCAUGUCAAACACUUUAUUUGUUGAAUUGGAAAGAUUAUUUGUGUUGUUCUGUUUUGACAAGAGAAAUUCAUUAUUUUAACAAAAAUUUCAUCAUGUUCUCCUCUAGCAUGUCUAAUAAAGUAUAUACUUUGAGCAUAUACCAUUAUUCAUUGAACGCACACGAUUUGACAACAUUUUUUUUUACAAAGAAAGCGGUCUCAAAAUCUGUCGGGGUAACCUCUGUGCCAAAAGCUGAAAGGGACGGAUCUUAUUUUAAUACCACUGUUGAUUAGAGUCGACCAGUGAGAUGAGACGCUUCGCUGGUCUGGCAGAUCGGAAGAUGGAAUCAUCUAGUCACGAUUUCGACUCUUCCUCUUUUCGUCAUGGAUUAGAUAAUAGCUAAUAUCAUAUUUUAAUGACAAAGAAAUUGAGCUCCUAGAUGGAUCGACGUGUAUGAUAAUAAUUAUAAAAAACUUAGUGUUUAUAAGGCGAUUAAGAUCGACACACAUUGUCCGUAUCUAAGCGCUUAUAGAUUUAUUACUAUAUCGUUUUUCGUAUUCAAUGAGCUAAGGGGAAAAGUGGCCUUUUAUUAAAGUGUCACUCAUGAUUAUAAUUUAAUCUUGAUCGCUGAUCAAAGUACAUGAUCACGAGACAUGAAUGGCUGAGUAAUGAACAUAGGACACCCCUGUCAUAAGAAGAGGAAAAAGAAGAAGAAGAAGAAGUAGAAGAAGAAGAAGAAGAAGUAGAAGAAGAAGAAGAGGAAGAAGAAGGAGAAGAGGAAGAAGAAGGCGAAUAAUAAUAAUAAUAAGAAGAAGAAAAAUAAGCAGGAGGAG